AUGGAUCCUUGUGGGAUAUCCGAUGGAAGCAUCAUGUUAGGCGAACCUAUUCUAACCAUAUUUGAUAAUUUAAAUAAUUUAUACAAGAGACUAUCAUUACUAGCUGUUGAACAAAAUUCAAGAAGUCCAAAUGGUUUACAUUCAACAUCGUCAACAAUAUUUCGUCAUAGUUCAGUAUUUUAUGAUGCUCCAGAAGCGUUUGAUAAUCUAUUAUUAUCAGAUAAAGAAGAAUGUGAUAAAAUGUCUGAAUCAGAAUCAUCGAGUGAUGAUGAAAAACCGCCUCAAAUCAAAUGGCGACGUUCUUCAUUACCUGCUGUAGCUCCUGAUUCAUCCAAUAUCAAACUAUGGGAUAUCAUGAGAAAAGCCAUAGGAAAAGAUUUAUCUCGUGUUGCUAUGCCUGUUAUAUUAAAUGAACCAUUAGGUUUAUUACAGAAAUUAUGCGAAGAACUGGAAUAUACUGAUUUAUUAGAUAAAGCAUCACAAACAGAUGAUAAAUAUCAGCGAAUGGUUUAUGUGACAGCAUUUAUCAUUUCAACCUAUUCGGCUAAUUAUUAUCGAACAGGACGAAAAAAUUUUAAUCCAUUGUUAGGUGAAACAUAUGAAUGUAUUCGAGAAGAUAAAGGAUGGAAAUUUAUUGCCGAACAAAAAGUAAUGAAAAUUGAAGCUUCGCAGUAUUUCACCUAUCAACUUCAAGCAAAAGUAAAGUUUUGGGGAAAAUCAAUGGAAAUUUUACCAGACUCUCUAAAUAUUUUAACAUCUCCAAAAUAUAAUGAAACAAUCGUCUGGAAUAAAGUGACAAUGUGUAUUCAUAAUUUGUUGUCAAAUGAUCGCUGGUAUAGUACUGAUUUACUGGUUGAAAAUUCGAAUGGGACAACAGCACGAAUUAGUUUUAUGCAGAGUCAGUACCGUACACGUUUAAACAAUGUUGCCGGUGAUAUUGAGAAUGAACAGGGUGAAAUUGUACAUAAAUUAUUUGGACAUUGGCAUAAUGAUGUAUUCUGUGGAAAUGAUCAAACAGCAAAAUGUAUAUGGAAACAAAGUGCUGUACUUGAAAAUUCGAAACAAUAUUAUGGUUUUACUCGUUUUGCUAUUGAAUUAAAUGAAUUAGAUGACGAUUUAAAAGAACAAUUACCACCAACAGAUUCAAGAUUUAGACCAGAUCAACGAUUACUGGAACUGGGUGAUACUGAAGCAGCUGAAAAAGAAAAAGCACGUAUUGAAGACGCUCAACGUCAACGUACACGUGAACGCCCUGAAGAGUAUCGACCGAUAUGGUUUGAUGUGAAUCAUGAUCAACAAUCUUAUAAACCAAAAAAUAAUUUCUAUUGGACUAACGUGAUGAAUAGUUUGCGUGAUAAAUAA